AAAACUGAGCAGACUUUUCGAAAUGUUCCACAAAAACGUUGCAACCGCGAAUCGGAAAACACGAAAAAUUCUACAUUCUGUGAUUAAUUGGAAUAAUUAGCAAAGAUGUCCGUUGUUCCUCUAAUGUUCCGUGAUUGGUGGGAUGAGCUUGACUUUCCAAUGCGCACAUCGCGCCUGUUGGAUCAACACUUUGGCCAGGGUCUGAAACGGGAUGAUCUUUUGUCGUCCGUUUGGAACUCGCGCCCCACUGUGCUACGCUCGGGCUAUCUGCGUCCGUGGCAGCGCUCUGUGAAUAGUUUGCAGCGACAGGAAUCGGGCUCCACUCUGAACAUCGACAACGAGAAGUUCGAAGUGAUUCUCGACGUGCAGCAGUUCUCCCCGAAUGAGAUUACAGUGAAAGUAUCCGAUAAAUUCGUCAUAGUCGAGGGCAAGCACGAGGAGAAGCAGGACGAGCAUGGCUUCGUAGCCAGACAGUUCUCCAGACGUUAUCAGCUGCCAGCUGAUGUCAAUCCAGACACAGUCACCUCAUCCCUGUCCUCGGAUGGCCUGCUGACCAUUACGGCGCCCAUGAAGAAAUUGCCCCCGCCCACCACGGAGCGCCUAGUGCAAAUCACACAGACUGGACCCUCCUCCAAGGAGGAUAACGCCAAGAAGGUCGAAACCUCAACGCAAUAAGC